GCGCGACUUGUACAUAGUGAUGGACCGAGCAAGGUUAUCAUAGGAUGCUUCAUACAUGAUGGGCCUGAUAGUUCUCGAGAGUACUGUUUUUGGCGGAGGUCGGAAUACCCCUUCCAUGUAAUUUAGCUUCUCUAGUCGUUCAUGUCGUCUGUCGAAGCGCUCCGUAGACCACGGCAUGUAUAUCCAUCCCAAUUGAUCCUCAUCUUGUAUUUUAUGCCCUCUUCCUCCAUCCCUUCACGCUCCUUACACUCCCCACCAUGGAAGAUACUCUCGCCGUCCUAGCUUCACAUUUCAUUGGAGUCAUCGUCUCUAGCAUGUUCUAUGGUUUUACUCUCGCCCAGACCUGGCGGUAUUUCCGAACUUAUCCAAAAGACAGAUGGUGUAUGAAGGCCCUGGUAGCCUUUCUGUGGACGUUAGAUACAGCGCAGCUCGCCCUUGUCGCCGCAUCGAUAUAUCACUAUACCAUAGUUUGGCAGGGUGACAUUGCAAUGUCAUCACAUGUAUCAAAAACAUUUGAGGCAUCAAUGGGCAUUACUUCAAUAAUAGCUUUUCUGGUGCAAUUGACAUAUGCUCACCGUAUAUGGCGACUUAGCUUUGGAAACAUCAUCGUCACAUUUUUCAUAGUCCUUUUGGCAUUGGCCGCACUAGGAUCUGGUGGAGCAAUGGUUGUCAAAACUGUCCGUGAUCCCCUGUGGGAUAGCACUCACGUCAGCAACCUGCCCGCUUCUAGUUUUUACUUGUCUUCGAUGGCAUGUGACUUCCUAAUUGCCGCUACACAAGUGUACUUUUUUCAUAAGUCCCGGACCGGGAUAGGAAGACUCGGUGGUCUCAUCACUAGAUUGACCGUGCUUGUUGUCAAUGUGGGCUUGAUAACCACUGUAGAUGUCACAUUAUUUCUCAUACUGUUUCUCGUCUGCCCACACAAUGGCGCCUUUCUUGUACCAUACAUUCUCAUGAGUCACUGUUAUCUAAAUAGUUUUCUCAGUGUUCUUAACUCUCGUCUUGAGCUACGGGAGCUGGUUGAUAACGAUGACUACGCUUGUCCCAGUAUCUACACCAUCGCUUCAGAACUGGCAUGAUGCAAACAUCAGGUCUCUCUAGCAUACUUCCCGCGCCGCAUUGUGUGAUACCCACUGAGGCAAAUUUUGAAAAUCAUUUCACCGGCAGUUGAACUGCCAAAAAAUUCAAUACUGCUGGCAUAUGCAGAUGACGUUGAGUUGAAACAAGUACAUAUGUAUAUAUAUUGUAUAGCACUGCAGUGACUCAUGAGGUCAUGGCAGACAGCCGCAGAAAUCCAAAC